AUGGAUUCUGACCCGCGGCAGUAUGAGAACAUUGGUGUGAAUAAUAACGACAUCAACAAGAUUAUCCUAUCAUAUCUUGUGCACAAUUGCUAUGAAGACACGUUGAAUGCUUUCAUUGCAUGUACUGGGGAAAAGCAUCCCGUCAGCAAUAUGGAGGACUUGGAGAAAAGGAAACAAAUAUACCAUGUGGCAUUCGACGGGAAUGCGUCCGAGGCCAUCCGGUUGACAGAAGAAUUUGCUCCUGGCUUGUUGGAUGAUGAUAAGACUUUACAUUUUGACCUCUUGAGUCUUCAGUUUAUUGAGAUUGUGUGCUCUAGAAAACUUGAUGAUGCUUUAAGUUUUGCUCAGUCGAAGUUGAAUCCCUUUGCAAAAGAACAGAGAUUUGUGGACAAGCUUAAAGACUGUGUUGGUCUUCUUGUGUAUGACGAACCAGAGAAGUCCCCAAUGUUCCAUCUUUUAAGCCCAGAACGUAGACAGCACAUUGCAGACAGUUUAAACAGAGCAAUUCUCGCACACACUAAGCUUCCCAGCUACUCGGUAAUGGAAAGGCUAAUACAGCAGACAACCGUUGUUGGACAGUAUUUAAGUCAAGAAUUCAGUAAGGUGGGCAAUAAUUUCCCAGCAACCCAUGAGUCGAGAGCGAGAGCAGCCCAAAUUGAAGUUCAAGGUGGAGAUGAAGGUGAUGAAGAGGAGAUGAACCUUCUCCUCGAGGGAGGCCCGUCCAUCGAGCCCGAUCAACCAAUGGAGGAGGAUAUUUCGGAUUUGCACGAGAUGAUGAGUGCCCUCUACUCAGAAGUGCAGGGACUCCGGAAUGAGGUGGCGGAGUUGCAGGAGGGACUCCAGGCUGAUGUCACGGAGAUGCGGAUAGACCUUAAUGAAAUAAGAGUCGACAUCCGGUCGAUCCUUCAGCUCCUUCAACAAAAUGCAGGACGACAUAUCCUUCCGCCACCUCAGUAG